UCGAUCAUCGGACGUGUCCCCAUAAACAAGUUAAUCCUCUCCGAUCGCUCUCAGUUAUCCGGUCGUCCCCUCAGAUUGACGUGGAAACAUGAAACCGUGCCGAAUUUAAUAUCGUUAUAAGUGACCAUCAACCUAACAAGUUCCUCUCCCCCAGCGAAGCGGGGUGCUGUUUUUUUUUGUUCUCUGUGCCGAAAGCAGGGAAAACUGUCGAAAAAUGUUACUGCUGGAAAUGCUGGUGACGAUAGCAAUUUGGUCAAGUGGUGCCGUUGCCUGGAGUGAAGUUAGGAAAUCGAGAGCACUUUCGAAUCUGGCCCCCGCCAGCAGGGACCGAAGAUUUCUUCCAAUCUUCACAGUUUUCCAGUGGGGCCAAGGUUUGUGUUCAGCUUCAUCUGGAGAAUACGGAUCCUGCCAACCGAAUAAUGAAUGCGUGCUGAGAGGAGGAAUACCUGCCGGUCCUUGUGCUGGUGGCUAUGGAACAUGCUGCAUUUUUAUGGCAUCCUGUGGUGGUGUGGCACGAGAAAAUGGCACCUAUUUUGUGAAUCCUAACCAUCCAGACACUACAGAUGGAACAGGAAGCUGCCAACUGACGGUGCUCAAAAUGCAUCCAGACAUCUGCCAAAUUCGAUUGGAUUUCGAUCAGUUCUCAAUCAACGGACCGGAAAUCGUCAACCACAUCUGCAACAACGAUCAGUUCCUCGUGUCAGGAGGCAGUCCUGCUCCAACCAUCUGCGGAAAUUCAAAUGGAGACCAUAUGUACAUCGAUGCCGGUAUGGGCCAAAGCAACCCGAUCAUUCUCACCGUGAUUACCAGUGGACCCAGUUUUCCCCGAUCUUGGAGGGUACGCAUCUCGCAGAUACCAUGCGGUGCGAUCUCCAAAGCCGAGCAAGGAUGUCUUCAGUACUUCACCGGAGUUAGCGGAAGAGUCAAAAGUUUCAACUUCGAUACCAUAAGUGGUCGGCAGCUUUCCAACCAGGACUACAGCAUCUGCAUUCGGACGGAGCGUAAUUUCUGCAGUAUCCAUUACACAGCCUGUCCGGAUAUUGGACGGAACCGGUCGCGUACCUUCACCUUAUCUGGGAAUUCAAACAGCGCAGUUUCUUCGAUGGUUGGAGGCGGUACUCAAGGGACCCCUAACUCUUGCACCAAUGACUGGUUGAUGAUACCUUGUGCAAAAGUCGCGGACAGGCUACCAAUGGCCAGUACGUGUGAAGAUAAAAUUUGCGGAGGUACGUUCAAUGCGGAAGUAAGUUCCGUGGAGAGAACGGUGGUUUCCACGGUGCGGCCAUUUCGAUUGGCAUUUCAUGCUGAUUCGAUAGAAGCUCCGAAUGAUGUGGACAAUAGGGGGUUUUGUUUGGAUUACGUUCAACAGCCUUGUACUAGUAAUUGAUGGAUAUUAAAAUAGUGGACGAUUA